AAUCAUCAACGACUUUACAAGAAUCAACAACAACUUUAUCUAAUGAUAAUCAAGAUUAUAAAUAUAUGUUUACUCGAUUAUUACAAAAAAUACAACGAUUUGUAACGCAAAAUCCUAUAUCAGCUAUAACUUUUUAUACUUCUUUUAAUAAAGUAUUUGUUUCUGAAAUUGAAAAAGAAAUACAAACACAAUCCAAUAAUUCAAAUAUUAUACCAACAAUAAAAAAUCCAUUAAUCAUUCAAUCUAUAAUUGAUUUAGAUAAUUAUGAAUCUACUUAUAUAGCACAAAAUACAGUAACACAACCAUUAAAUGAAAUUCAAAAUUUAUCUUCUCCACCUACUACUCAAUCUCCACAGUUUUUUGAAUCUAAUGUUUUUUCUAAUGAAUCAAACUUAG